CUCUAACGUGGCAUGUCGUGUCAUUCAUGCCAAUCAGAAUAAGUUGGUUGGUUGUCAUGACAAGCCACUGAACAACUUUAAAUAUUUGGUGCAAUGAAGGAAGAGGGGUGUUACAACCCAUCAAGGAUAUGUGACAGACAUUCCCAACCGUCAAUGAUGAUGGAUUUCCUUAGGACGAACGUUGCAACUUCUGUUGGACCCGGUUGGGCUUUAGUCUGCUUGCUGCUUGAUGUUGAUCGUCGAAUUGUGAAAGGAGGACACAGGCUUCUUGUUUCGUGAUUCGUCGAUUUAAUUAGCAACCUCAAUUCUAUACUUGUCGCUUGUCACAUUCUUUUCGUGGAAUUUUUAUCUUUUUUUGGACUUUAUUAUGAGCCCCUCUUUCAGUUGGCACAGAGUAAGAAAAAGACGACUGCGAUUGAGACUCCUCAACGUCAAUGACCUCUGCCACGUAAAUCCUCAACCAAUUAGGGACGGCUCAGCAAGACCUGUUAAUCAAAAGCAUUUUAUAUAGACCUCGCCACCAGACGGUAUGAGAAUGCAGUGUUUAAAGCGGCGGCAGGGCUCAAGGAGGCUUCGGCUUUUAUCCAAUGUACUGCAUCAUGUGCCAUGUCAAAUCGGCCCAGUUUAUGCCUAUGCUUUGCCCUCAAUCUGAGGGGUGCUUUCACAAACAAGCUUUGUUAAACUAUGGACAGAGAGCAAGCAAUCCUGCGUGUAUGGGGUAUCCAGCAGAAGAUGGAGGGCGUGCCGGGCAUCGUCCGCAGUUUGGCGACGUCGGACAAUAGACAUAGAGACCCAAUAUACAUGUGGUGCUUCCAGGAGAUUCACAAGCUGCCGAGGAACAAAGGAUACAACGGGCCAGGAGCCUACGAAGAAGAAGCGCUUGGCCAGGGUCUUUUCAACGAAGGAAGCAUUUCCUCUCCACCCCCAACCCAUGCGGGGCAAACCUGGGGAAUAGCGCCGUGUCGCUCAUCGGACACUUGCCUCAUUGGGCAGGCAAUGCCCGGGUACAGAUGCAAAGGGACUCGGGUCAUGGCGAUCUAGUCCCGCCAAGGUUGAAGGCUGCAUAGAUUAUUUGUGGGUGUCGUUACUUCCUUCUCGUUUCGCCGCAAGGUUUGCAGAUUGCCAGUUCGACCGAGCAGGUAAACCCUGGUGGAAAUACUUAAAUUCAGCCAUUGUUCCCUCUCGAUCGCCUUUUUGGGUAUGUUGAAGAUUGGCUUGUUCUUCUUCACUUCCACGACGUCGGACCUGUCCUGUCUUGUUACAACACCCCUUUCACAGCACUAAUUAUUAUCCUUUCUUUACUGUCAUCAGGUCAACAUGUCGGAAAAGAACGAGGUCACCCAGACCGAGAAUGGGACUGUCCCCAGGUCCAAGAAGCGAACUUGCGCCAGACACUGCAAGCGCUUCUGGUGGGUUUAUCUCAUUAUUCUCUGUGUCAUUGUUGUCAUCGUGGUUCCCGUGAUAAUUCUUGUCGCUGUUCCCAAGAUUGCACAAAGUAAAAUCAACGAAGCCAAGUUGGAAAUCCAAUCCGUUCGAAUUCUAAACACCGAGAGUGACGCUUAUCUCAUGGAAAUCGAUUCUUCUAUCACAACUGAUGGCAAGAUCCAUGCCAAGGUUGAUCCUUUCGAGGCCGAUAUGUAUCUCGAGGAUUGGCCAGCACAUGUGGCAUUUGCUACCGUGAAGAUGCCAGAGACCAACAGCAACAAACACCAGGUCGUCAAUGUCAGCCAGCAGGUCACGAUUACCAACAUGGAGGAAUUCACUCGUUUCAACGUCUGGUUCCACAACAAUGAGACAGUCCGUGUCACCGUGUACGGAAAGACGAAAGUGAAGCCAAGCGGUCUAACGCGCAAAUACGGCGUCACCUUCAAGAAGACAUUGGAACUCAAGGGUCUCAACCAUUUCGCUGGCACUGAAGUCAACGACGGCCACAUCGGCUUUGGUAGUGGUAAAGACGCACCCAACUUCAACGGCACUACCACAAUUCCGAACGCUUCCGUGUUUACACUAGAUAAUGGCAACGUCACCUUCACAAAUUUUGUUGGGGAUGUCGAAGUCGGCACCCUGACGAUUCCAAACUUGGUGCUCAAGCCUGGUGACAACGUCGUCAACAUCACCGCAAGCAUGAACCAGAGCAUCAUACUCAACGCCGUCCAGCAAGAGCCCUACUGCAAAACAGGCAUCCUCCCCUUCAAGUUACUGGGCAAGUCGGUUGUCAACCAUGGUGAAAACCUUACCUAUUUCGCCGCAGCACUGGCGAGUUCAAAUCAAACAGUUGAAAUCGACAUUGGUGCCAUCUUGAAGAAGGACCUCGAUUAUGAGGUCAAGUGCGAGAGUAAGAGUGAUUAAUUGCAGUAUUCAUUGGUAUUUGGGCUGCAUGCUAUGCGUACAUGGGAGCAACGAAGGGUCAUGAAUUAUGCAAUUCUGGCGGCGAUGGAUGAUGUAGGCCGUUGGGUCGAUUAAUGCAAAGCUACCAGGAGGUGGUAGUUUGGCCAAAGGCGCGGGCGGUUAUAAUGAUACCUUUGAUUAGAGUCAUCCAGUAUCCAUUAGGUCUCUGAAUGAAAACUCCUAACUCUCCAUCUUGUGAGUGUGGUCCUAGUCAUGUUCCUUGGUAAAGAGCUAUCGCCGCGAACAUAUGUUGUAACCUAGCACCUUUAUCCUUAGUUCCAACUACUUUUCCGUUUCUCGCCU